UGUUGAAGUUACGGUUCUGUCCAACGCGGAAAUGUGGAGUGUUUGUUGUGAUGAAAUGGAGUCGGACUCCCACUUCUUUAGCAGCUAACUUUUAGCGGAAACCCAGCCCCCUUUCUCUUUUUAAGAGCUUAGAAAUGUCAGUGCCGUUUGAAAAUGAAAACGAAGUGGACUUUUCGACGUUAGCUCAUGUUUUAGCCGGUGCGCGCGAGGUCCGUAAAGUUCAGCACGCGCACUAAAGGAUGGACCGGACACGGUUUGUGUGUCUCUGUCUGCUUAUAUGUCUGAGCGGACCGUGUUUACAGUGUGAAGGAGGGAGCUCUGUCACUCUCCCCGAGUCUCUGCUCUUCGUCUCUACGUUAGAUGGGAGUCUACACGCCAUUAGCAAACAAACUGGAGAUAUCAAAUGGACUCUGAAGGAAGAUCCAAUCAUCCAAGUUCCAGUUUAUCUGCAAGAACCAGGUUUCCUUCCCGACCCCAACGAUGGCAGCCUGUACGUGUUAGGAUAUAAACACAAACAGGGUCUAAUGAAACUUCCCUUCACUAUUCCAGAGCUGGUUCAGUCGUCUCCCUGCAGGAGCUCAGACGGCAUCCUGUAUACAGGUAAAAAGCAAGACACAUGGUUUGUAGUGGAUCCUCAGACAGGUGAGAAACAGACGAGUUUAAGCACUGCGUCCUCUGAUUCCAUCUGUCCAUCGGCUCCUCUCCUCUACAUCGGACGCACAGAGUACAUGAUCACCAUGUUUGACACCAAGACACAGGAACUGCGCUGGAACGCCACCUAUAACGAUUACUCCGCCCCUCUGUACGAUGACCAGAAAUACGAUUACAAGAUGUCCCACUUUGCGUCGAGCAGCGACGGCCUGGUGGUGACGGUGGACCGCGACUCGGGCGACAUGCUGUGGAUGCAGAAGUUUGACUCCCCGGUAGCCGGAGUUUACCUGUGGAUUCAGGACAGCCUGCGGCGAGUGCCUCACCUCACUGUCGCCACGGAAACGCUGCGAUAUCUCACGUUCAUGGCGCAAAACACGCACUCGCACCCCAUGAGGUGGACCUACCAGUUUACCCAGGAGCAGCACAGCACCAAAACACAGCUUGUUCCCUCUUUGUACGUAGGGAAAAUGGAUUCUCACCUGUAUGCCUCCACCUCUCUCGUCCAUGAAGGAGUCACUGUAGUGCCUCACGGCCUCACGCUGGCACGUAUCGAGGGGCCAACGACGGCGGGCGUGACGGUGGGGAAUGGGCGGGGCGAGUGUGAGAUCACGCCCAGCACCGACGUCAAGAUCCCACCGGGAAGCACCAACCCGCUGCAGAACCAGUGGCUACUGAUAGGCCAUCAUGAAGUUCCCCCUGUGGCCCACACCACCAUGCUGAGAGAAUUCCCAGAGAACCUGCAGCACUCCGGUGACGUCAUCCCUCCUCGAGGUUCCUCUUCAGCGUAUCGGCCCGGAGCUCGCCCAAUGCCCCGAGUGACACGUGAAAGUUCUUCCGCCAUGCUGCCGGACUCUUUGACCUCUGACCCUGUGACCUCGUUCUUGGUGACGCUGCUGCUCGCCACACUGCUAGCGUUCUUGUUCAGCUACAAGCGAGUCAGAAAAAUGCCCCGAUCAGAACCGACGAUGGAUUCCAGACUCUUAAUAGAUAACACCAGCCAGACCAGUCGGGUUUCGCCCACAGGAAGUGACAUCAUCGACUCGCCGUCGGCUUACAGCAUCGGCGACCGGUCCGAUCACAGCAGCUCGGCGUCGUCCGAUCAAACCCGGCCCCGCUCGAGCACUCAGGACUCGGUCCCGACAACCGCCUCGAACUUUUCCCGAGAUUCAGACGACGCGCAGCCGGACGUGGUGGAAGUGGGUAAAAUCUCCUUCAGCCCUUCUGAGGUGCUGGGACACGGCACAGAGGGGACCUUCGUGUUCAGAGGUCACUUUGACGGGCGACACGUAGCAGUGAAGCGCAUCCUGCCUGAGUGUGUGGAGUUUGCCGAGCGCGAGGUCCAGCUGCUGCGCGAGUCAGACGAGCACCCCAACGUCAUCCGCUACUUCUGCACCGAGCGUGACCGUCAGUUCAUCUACAUCGCCAUCGAGCUGUGUGCCGCCACCUUACAGCAGUAUGUCGAGGACCCGAGCUGUCCGUGUUCCGGCCUGGAUCCCGUGACUCUGCUGGAACAGACGAUGUUCGGACUCAACCACCUUCACUCCCUCAACAUCGUUCACAGAGACCUGAAGCCUCGGAACAUCCUCCUGUCGACGCCGGGAGCGCUCGGCCGGGUGCGAGCCGUCAUCUCCGAUUUCGGACUGUGUAAAAAGCUUCCGGCCGGCCGGCACAGUUUCAGCCUGCGCUCCGGGAUCCCAGGAACGGAGGGCUGGAUCGCUCCGGAAUUACUGAGCGGUGUGGAGAAAGGAAACCCUACGAGUGCGGUGGACGUGUUCUCAGCCGGCUGUUUGUUUUAUUACGUGGUAUCCAGAGGACAGCAUCCGUUCGGGGACACGCUGCGGCGUCAAGCUAACAUCCUCUGUGGGGCGUACAGUCUGGAGAACUUUAUGGAGGAUAUACACGAGGACGUCGUCGCCAGAGAUUUGAUCGAAAUGAUGAUCAGUGCAGAUCCGGAGUCCCGGCCCGCCACGGCCUCGGUUCUGAAACACCCGUUCUUCUGGAGGCCGGAUAAACAGCUGCAGUUCUUCCAGGAUGUCAGUGAUCGUAUAGAAAAGGAGCCAGCAGAGAGCCCUAUCGUGGUCCGAUUGGAGACGUCGGGCCGACCGGUGGUCCGAACCAACUGGAGAAUGCACAUCUCGGCGCCUCUACAGGCCGAUCUGAGGAAAUUCCGCACGUAUAAAGGGAACUCGGUCAGAGACCUGCUCAGAGCUAUGAGAAAUAAAAAGCAUCAUUACCACGAACUCCCACCUGAGGUUCAAGCGGCGCUCGGUGAAGUCCCAGAAGGCUUUGUGGCGUAUUUCACCUCGCGCUUCCCGCGGUUACUGCUGCACACACACACUGCACUGAGCAUCUGCGCUCCUGAGAGACCGUUCCACCCCUAUUACCACAACUAAACACACACACACACACACGGCAUGAAGAGGACGUGAUGCAGGACAAAACACUCAGCAUUCAGGAUUCUUUAUGGAAGGAUUUUAUAGACGGCGCGUGUCCCGAGUCGUGGGGUUCUGAACGCGUUCAGGCUGAAACACUAGCGCUGCCGUCUCCGGUGGAGCCACUGAUGCGAUCAUGCAUAACCGCCAGCAUUUUUUCCCUUUUCUCCAUCGACGAGGGGCGGUUCCUCGGCUGUAAUCGUCAUGGAAGCCGCCCUCUGAGGUUUUAAACCCGAAAUCCCCGAUGGGGAACGCUUGUUUGUUUUUCGUCGCCGCUAUGCCACGAGCUCGACCGGAACAACCUCACCGGCGAGUCGUUCUCCAGAGCGUUCACACGAUCCGCUCGCCGUCAGACCAGCUUUUAUACCAUUUCACACGAUUUUACGUACACGCCGUUUUUCAUUUUUUUUUAAACACGGUCGUUUUAUAAAGGCGUACAAGACUAGCCGUCGAAUCGGCGCAAAAGUAACGGCGCCCCGUAAACGAAGGAAGAGUCGGCGUGUGCGUUAGCCGACGCACCGCAGGGGUGGGAUUAGUUAGGAGCUCGUUCACCGUUUUGUCUUCAUGGAGUUUUGUGUGGGCGUGGCUAAAACGUAAACACGUCACGAACGCCCUCGGUCAUUCAUGGGCCAGCAGCUCCAUUUCAGACAACAGAGCGGCGGCCGUGUCCGUCUCUGCGUUUGCUAUCCAGCCUUCACUGCCAACACUUCAGCCAUUUUGAUCAUCAAUAUAAUCAUUUAUCGGAAUUCCCACAAGCUUUUCGAAUAAUUUAAACAGUGUACCACUAGGAAUUUGUUUACGCUGAUUACACCAAAGACGGAACUGUUUACACACGUAACUUACAGUUCCCUGCAUAAGUAUUCACACCUUUCAGUGAACCCGGAGCACGGUGGUGGUAGCGUCGCGUCACGUCAAGUCACGUCACGUCACCCUAGCUCACAGGUGGAAUUCCGUUCCACACGGCGCUGUAGCCAGUACACAGCGUGGAUGAACGUAAAACCACCCGUUACGGCCGCAGAUCUUCCUACUGCUCAGUAUUUUAAUAUUUUACAGUUGCGCUACUGAAAACACGCUAAACGACACGACGCCGGUCCACAGUUUUAAAAUAUUAUAUUAACGGGGUUAUUUCACACCGUGCCCUUCUACUGCAUUCUGAUCCAGCGUACUCGCCCUCGAAGGUUUGAUUCAUGAUUCAACAGCUUUAAAUAACGAGAAGAGAAGCCGAGAUGUGUUACUCGUGUUGAGAUUUUCUACAGGACAGGAAGUGACAUGACUGUAAACGACUGGUGUUUAUCACUCGGGAUUUAUUUAUUAUUUCAGUUACAUGAAGUAAAAAAAAUGUGUUUUGUAACAAUAACACUGAAGAUUUCUUCCAGUUGGGAAAUAAAUCUGUUUUGGAAGUGUUUAUGCUCGACGUGCGUGUGUGUGUGUGUGAUUUCGAACACCAAUUUUAGUUCCUGAUGCUAAAUUAGUUCCUCUUUCAACAAGAAACAGAGAUGAGCGAAGGCUAAUUCACAGCUUUAGCCUAGAGAAGUUCAGAUUUGUGAGGAAUCCAGAUCCUUGACGGUAUCGAAGCGUCUCUAAUCUUUAAAUCAGUGCAGAAGAAGAGACACUUCAACAAAAAGGAGCUUUAUUAAAUUGAAUACACAAUUUCAUACAAUUCCAUUGAACUUGUGGCUUUCGAGUAAAGCCAUAAAAGCUUUAUAUAAAAAAAAA